AUGGAGAAACUUGGUCAACCGCUGCCCAACAAAGUACACAUGGUUGACGUACGAAACAACAUAUGGAGCGUGAGGACGGCCAAAAUCGGCGACUGUUGGUACUUAGUCAACGGCUGGUCAAAAUUCGCACGCGACAAUUUUCUAUCGACGGGCGAUCUUUUGGUGCUCGACUACUACCAUAAGGGCUGGUUCAGCAUAGGAAUUUUCGGGCCGUGGGGUAACCAAAGACUUGUGCUCGGCCCAAACAAGGUUCGUAUAAUUAGUGCUCAUGCGCACGAACAAGUCUCCAAUAAUGACGAUGAUAAUGAUGAUGAUGAAGAUGCUGAUGCUGAUACUGAUACUGAUUCUGAUACUGAUGAUGAAGAUGAGAGCGAGCAAGAAGCGCGCGAAAGAGCUAUAAAUGGUGGAACUGAAAGCAGUAAAACUAUACAACGUCGGAAAAUAUAUGAUAAUGUAUGCAACGGGUCGGAUAUAUUCAGCUCUGGACAGGCACAACGCCCCAAAAAUCCUUACUUUGUCACGAAAGUAAUGCCCAAGCGCAAAUCGUACUUGUUCAUCCCGAGGGAAGUAGUCCGCGACUAUGGCCUGAACCUCCAGCAAGAUAUCACGCUGGUGGAUCCUCGUCGGAGGGAAUUUCCGGCAAGGUGCCUGAUGUGGAAGGACGGGAGGAGGGUCGUCUCUGGCGGGUGGAGGAUUCUGUGCAAUAUCAACCUAGUCAGAGAGGCUGACGUCAUCAUUUGUGAGUUCGUACGAGGCAGCGGCGGCCGCCAAUUCAUUCAGAUUAGUUUUGUGCGGGCGUAG